AUGCUGCUAGAGCGAGGAGCCGAUGUCAAUGCCCAGGGUGGAUUUCACGGAAAUUCGCUUCAGGCAGCUUCUUCUCAAGGACACGACGAAAUCGUGCAGAUGCUGUUAGCAAGAGGGGCUGAUGUCAACGCCGAGGGUGGAGAAUACGGAAAUGUGCUGCACGCUGCUUGUUCUUUUGGACAUGAUAAGGUCGUGCAGAUGUUGUUGGGAAGAGGAGCCGAUGUCAAUGCCGAGGGUGGAGAAUCCGGAAAUGCGCUCCAGUCAGCUUCUUUCGAAGGACACGACGAAAUCGUGCAGAUGCUGUUGCAAAAAGGAGCCGAUGCCAAUUCCCAGGUUGGAUUUUACGGAAAUCCGCUCUACGCAGCUUCUUUUCAAGGACACGACAAGAUCGUGCAGAUGCUAUUAGAGCAAGGAGCCGAUGUCCACGCCCCGGGUAAAGAAUACGAUAAUGCGCUGCACGCUGCUUGUCUUUUUGGACACGACAAGAUCGUUCAGAUCCUGCUCAAGCGCAGAGCUGAUCAAUGUAUAUGGUUUCGCUUCCCUGGAGCGGGUUGA